CGAAGAAGGGGGGAGACCCAGGGAGCAGGAGCCCCUGAGACAAUCCCCAUUCAAAUCCUGGUGUCCACUUGGAUGGAUUGAUGAACAGCACAUUGUUGCAUGUCUGCUUUGACGGAGGCACUCGGAAAAAUCGUUUUCUUUUUUAUAUGGGCCGUUUCAGAGAAAUUUGGACAUUUUGGAUAUUUUUGCGCCGUGCAGUUGAAUGGUCGGACGGAUGGAUAUGGAUGGAUGACUUGUCGGCCGGCGGAUGUACAGAUACACAUAUCCGUACACUCGAAACGAGUGUUCGGGAAUGUCGGCAUGGAUUUGUGCACUUCUGACAGCGCUCUGGAGUUGCGCCAAGAAUGCCGCCCAUCAGUGGAUGAUGAACGAUCUCCGCCGGAUGGCAAGGGGGGAUGGCAGAGAUCCGGCAGAGUUCGGGGCAAUCAGCCUCCGGCUUUUGACCUGCGCUUCCGCUGUGAGGAAAAGUCAGCAUGGAAUUGAAAAUGGAAAUGCGGUGGAAAAAAGGGGCAACUAAUUACAAGUUAAUCGAGAUGAAAACACUGCAAUCGCUGCACUUGCAACUAAAAAAAAAAGGGGGAAAAAAGAAGAGAGCGGCAGCCGCUAUACUAAAUAAUAUUUGCACAAUUUAUUGCAAAAUAGAAAAGCAAAUAAAAGCCUAUUCAACGUUGAAA